AAGUCGAAUAGAGAGAGAGAAAAAAAACACUUUUUUUUUUCAUCUUCUUCUUCUUCCUUUCUUCCACCAUUGAUUUGAUUCCAUGACAGUACUACUUUGAAGCUAUGUGUAAUCCAACCAAACCCCCCACCGCAAUCGCCACCACAAUCACAACCAAAACCAAUCUCCGUUUCCAUCUCUUUUCAAAUAACCCAAAAUCCGAUCUUGAUCCAAAAUCAUCAAUUUAUCAAACACCAUCAAUCCAAGAUAUUACCCACGAAACCAAACAUCUCUUCAAUCUAGCACUACCCAUAAUCCUAACAGCUCUAAUUUUCUACUCCCGUUCUGUCAUUUCCAUGUUAUUCCUCGGUCAUCUCGGCGAUAAUGAACUAGCCGCCGGUUCACUAGCGAUUGCGUUUGCAAACAUAACAGGUUACUCUGUUCUAUCCGGUCUAGCUCUAGGAAUGGAACCACUCUGUUCUCAAGCAUUCGGUGCACAAAGACCCAAACUUUUAUCUUUAACCCUUCAUCGAUCGGUCAUCUUUUUACUAAUAUCAGCCAUCCCUAUUUCAAUCAUGUGGGUUAAUGUUUCAAGAAUAUUACUUUAUUUACAUCAAGAUCCGAAUAUAACCCGUUUAGCUCAUACCUAUCUCGUUUUCACUCUCCCUGAUUUAUUCACAAAUUCCCUCGUCCACCCAAUACGCAUUUACCUUCGUGCACAAGGAAUCACACUACCACUCACGUUAGCAUCCCUCGCCGGAACUAUAAUCCACCUACCGGUUAAUUUCCUAUUCGUAACCCGCCUCCGAUUGGGUGUCACCGGAGUUGCAGCCGCAUCCGCCGCCUCAAACCUAGCCGUGCUGGUGGCGCUGGUUCUCUACGUUUGGAUUUCCGGUUUACACGUGCCGACUUGGACUAAACCGUCUAUAGAAUGUUUAACCGGGUGGGAACCGUUGGUCCGAUUAGCCGCCCCGAGUUGCGUAUCGGUUUGUCUUGAGUGGUGGUGGUAUGAGAUCAUGAUAUUAUUAUGUGGGCUUUUGGUGGAUCCUAAAGCUAGUGUGGCGUCAAUGGGUGUUCUUAUACAAACGACGUCGUUUGUUUACGUUUUUCCAUCUUCACUUGGGUUUGCUGUUUCUACACGGGUGGGUAAUGAACUCGGGGCGAAUCGACCCAAUAAAGCUAGAUUAGCUGCGGUGGUUUCCAUUUUAAUCGCGGCGGUUAUGGGUGUAAUGGCGAUGAGUUUUGCAUGGACGAUGAGAUUUAGUUGGGCUAAGAUGUUUACUAAUGAUUUUGAGAUCGUACGGUUGACAUCGGCUGCUUUGCCGAUAUUAGGACUUUGUGAAUUGGGUAAUUGCCCGCAGACCGUUGGAUGCGGUGUGGUGAGAGGAACCGCCCGACCCAGUACAGCGGCUAAUGUGAACCUGGGUGCGUUUUAUUUGGUGGGUAUGCCAGUAGCGGUUAUUCUCGGGUUUAGGUUUGGAGUUGGGUUUUGUGGGCUUUGGGUUGGACUUUUUUCGGCCCAAAUAACUUGUGCCGGGUUAAUGUUGUAUGUGGUCGGUUCUACGGAUUGGAAAUAUGAAGCGGAGAGAGCUCAGAAAUUGACAUGUAAUAAUGGACGGACGAAUGAGAAAGAUGAUAUCAUUAUUCAAAAUGAACCGUUGAUCUGCAUUACUGUGGUUUCAUCGUCAUAAAUAAAUUAAUUAAUAUUUAAUAAUAAUAAUAAUAAUAUUUAUACCUUUGUUUAGCUUAUCAGA